AUGAGUUACAGCUCACCCUCUGUGCAGGACUCGUAUCGCAGCACCACCACCAAGCCAGACCCAGGGACAACUCUGGAUGUGACUGUACCAGAAACAGCUACCGUAAGCCCUGAGACUACCAGUUUCAACAGCACCAAAAUCCCAGAUGUGGCCAGCAGUGGACCCGGCGUGAGCACAAUGCUGCUGUCCUUCGGGAUCAUUACUGCAGUUGGGUUGACUGUAGCUAUGGUUCUGUAUAUCAGGAAGAGGAAGAGGUUGGAGAAGCUGCGACACCAGCUCAUGCCUAUGUACAACUUUGAUCCCACUGAGGAACAGGAUGAACUGGAGCAGGAGCUGCUGGAACAUGGGCGGGAUGCAGCAUCUUCCCAGGCGUCACAGAGCAAGAUUCUGCUGACAAGUCAAGGAGCCCUCCAGAGACCCAGCCGUCUUGUGUUCACAGACGUUGCCAAUGCCAUCAAUGCGUGA